AUGUUGUUCUCUGCUGUGUCUUUCGUUCUCUUGCUUGCUGGAGGAGCAGUAGCAGAUCUGCACAAUGUUGCAGUCUGCGUGACCGGUAGAAAAUACUCGGAGGUGGGCGGCACGCCAUUCAGCGUUAGCUACACCUGGUCCAAAGAUUACGAGAUUCUCCCAGAUGCUACCAAGUGUGCAUGUGAUCUGUACAAGCAGCGCAACACGGGCGACAAGCAAUGGGAUCAGUGCCCUGACUGUACCUUCGAUGGUAACUACUGCAACUCUGCGGCUUGGCACAUUGGAGGUGACGAGAUGACAUACUACUGCGAGAAGAUGUGUCAUGCUCAAGGAGCAGAGGGCAACUAG